GAAGACAACACACUAGGGUUUUCACUUCAAACACCAAAUAUUCUUUGAUUCUCUUUCUUUCAUUACUUCUCUCUCCACCAGCACACAACCACACACAAACCACCGAAACUCUCAUCUCUUUCUCUCUCCUCCAUUUUUUUGACGAAAGAGAUGGUGAAAGGUCCAGGACUUUACUCUGACAUCGGCAAAAGAGCCAGAGAUCUUCUAUACAGGGAUUAUCAGAGUGACCACAAGUUCACCCUUACCACUUUCACCUCUAAUGGAGUUGCAAUCACUUCUACUGGGACUAAGAAGGGAGAGUUGUUUUUGGCUGAUGUGAGCACUAAGUUGACAAACAAGAAUAUUACCACAGAUGUGAAAGUUGACACUAACUCCAACCUUUUCACCACAAUCACAGUUGAUGAACCUGCUCCUGGCUUGAAGGCUAUUUUUAGUUUCCGUGUUCCUGAUCAGAGAUCUGGCAAGGUUGAACUCCAAUACUUGCAUGAGUAUGCUGGCAUCAGCACAAGCCUUGGUUUGACAGCAAACCCUAUUGUUAACUUUUCUGGUGUUAUUGGAAACAGUACUCUUGCUUUGGGGACUGACCUUUCAUUUGACACUGCUUCUGGAAAUUUCACAAAGUGCAAUGCUGGAUUGAACUUUACCAAUACUGAUCUCAUUGCAUCUCUGAAUGUGAAUGACAAAGCUGACAUCUUGAAUGCUUCAUACUAUCACAUCGUGAGCCCGCUGACUAACACAGCUGUGGGUGCUGAGCUGAGCCACAGUUUUUCAAGUAAUGAGAACACACUUACCAUUGGUACUCAGCAUGCACUGGACCCACUGACUUCAGUGAAGGCUCGUGUCAACAACUAUGGGAAAGCAAGUGCCCUCAUCCAGCAUGAAUGGCGUCCAAAAUCUACUGUCACCAUAUCCGGUGAGGUGGACACGAGUGCCAUUGAAAAGAGUGCUAAACUCGGAUUGGCGUUGGUUUUGAAGCCUUGAAGGUUGCCAUUGAGAUAUUGAUGAUACUUCUUUAUGUUUGGCUAUAAGAUCUUUGUAAGGGUGAAAAUAAGUAGGCUAAGACUUUUAGAGAACUUUUUGUUUGGAAUGCAUUCAUGGGUUUGGUUGACUUGCUUCAUUAUGGUGGUCAAUUGUAAAAAAUAAUUCUAGCUGGUUGGUGGACCAGUUGCCUUUUGGCUUUUGUUUCCAGCUCUUUGGUCUUGACUUUUUGAUGAGAAUGUCUCUUGAGCAACAGCUUUACUUGCUAAGUGUUGCCAUUUUUAACGGAAAUUGCAAUCUCAUGUGGUCUUCAGUUUCA